AUGGCCAGCAUCACUGUCGGGGUUCUCGCUUUACAGGGCGCAUUCUAUGAGCACAUCCAGCUGCUGAAAAAGGCAGUCUCGGAACAAAGCUUUACUGCUCAAUGGGAGUUCAUUGAAGUUCGGACACCGCAGGAGUUGGAUCGGUGUGAUGCGUUGAUUCUCCCUGGAGGAGAGAGCACGACUAUCUCUCUCGUUGCGGCCCGAUCGAACCUCUUGGAGCCUUUGAGGGACUUUGUGAAGGUCCAUCGGAAACCGACAUGGGGUACCUGUGCCGGGUUGAUCCUGCUCGCCGAAUCUGCUAAUCGAACCAAGAAAGGCGGACAGGAGCUCAUCGGAGGUCUCGACGUUCGCGUAAACAGAAAUCACUUUGGCCGGCAAACGGAGAGUUUCGAGGCGCCCUUAGACUUGCCGUUCUUGGGUCCGACCGAGCAGUCCUUCCCAGCAGUUUUUAUCCGGGCGCCCGUGGUGGAAAAGAUCCUGCCUCAUCAACAAGGUAUCCAGGUGGACGAAACCCGAAGGGACGAGACGGUGGUGGCGCCUUCGAAACAGCCUCAGGAUCAGGCGGCCAAGGCGGCGAUGGCAGACGGAGUUGAAGUACUAGCAAGUCUCCCCGGCAGAGCAGCUAAACUAGCUGCCGCAGGAACACGUAUCGACGCAGAUAAAGAGACCGGUGAUAUUGUUGCAGUCAAACAGGGUAAUGUGUUCGGAACAAGCUUUCACCCCGAGUUGACCGGUGAUGCCAGAAUACAUUCCUGGUGGUUGCGCCAGGUGGAGGAAUCGGUAAGGAAGAGGAAUGGAAUAUAA